GAGGAGCCCGCAGUUUGUCUCUACUAAUGCAGCGGCGCAUCUCGGAUUCAAUAAACAACCACCUACAUUAAGCAAUCAUUUUUAAUUUUUAUCUAUAUAACAUCAAAGUUGUCAAAUAAUGAGUGGAUCGGGAAAAGGGUUCCUCGGAUUAUGGUUGUACAGAAACGGUUCUGAGUGGGAGAUGAAGAAGGAUAUGCCCCACCACCCCAAGCUAGGAGACAUUGGCAUGGCGUCGCAGCAGCUGGCGGCCGAGGGCGAGAGGAUUUCGGUGAUAUUCUCGUUGAAAAACCAAGUUGGCGGCUUAGUCCGCGUCUUGUCUGUAUUUCAGGACUUGGGUAUAAACGUGCUCCAUAUCGAGUCCAGGAAAUCUGCUACUGAAGUAGCUGACGCAGAUAUACUUGUGGAUGUGGAGUGUGAUCCUCGUAGGAUGGAGCAAUUGAAAAGAAUGCUGAAGCGCGAGGUUCAAGAGUUCGAACUCAUACAAUCUCAAACCGGGGAGGUGUUUCCACCUCCGACGCCGCUUUCUGCUGCCGCUAGUUUUGAUUUCGGCGAGAUGCCUUGGUUUCCGAGGAAGAUCUCUGACCUCGACCGCGCGCAGAACGUGUUGAUGUACGGCUCCGAGUUGGAUGCUGACCACCCCGGCUUCAAGGAUCCCGUGUACCGCAAGCGGCGCGAGCAGUUCGCUGCCAUCGCCAACAACUAUAAGUACGGCCAACCGAUACCGAAAGUGCAAUAUACUGAAGUUGAAAUAAAAACAUGGGGGAUAAUCUUCCGAGAGCUGCACAAGCUUUACCUGGUGCACGCUUGCGAGGAGUACCUGGAGAACUGGCCGCAACUAGUCAAGUAUUGUGGCUACAGGGAAGACAACUUACCCCAGUUGGAGGAUGUCAGCGCGUUCCUGAAGAGGAAGACUGGCUUCCAGCUCCGCCCAGUAGCCGGAUACCUGUCUCCGCGCGACUUUCUCUCCGGCCUCGCCUUUCGAGUCUUCCACUGCACCCAGUACAUUCGCCAUUCUUCCGAUCCGUUUUACACUCCGGAGCCUGACUGCUGCCACGAGCUGCUAGGGCACAUGCCGUUGCUCGCUAAUCCAUCCUUCGCACAAUUCUCGCAAGAGCUGGGACUAGCUUCUCUGGGUGCAUCUGACGAGGACAUUGACAAGUUGGCCACGCUUUAUUUCUUCACCGUGGAGUUUGGUCUCUGCCGUUCGCCGGACGGCUCGUUCCGCGUUUACGGCGCCGGCCUGCUCUCCUCAGUGGCCGAACUGAAGCACGCCCUAGCCACGAGCGCCAAACUCAAGCGCUUCGACCCUGAAGUCACCGUCAAUGAAACCUGCAUCAUCACUUCCUACCAGAACGCUUAUUACUAUACUGAUUCGUUCGAAGAGGCCAAAGAAAAGAUGCGUGCAUUUGCUGAAGGUAUCCAGCGUCCCUUCGGCGUGCGAUAUAACCCGUACACGCAGAGCGUGGAGGUUCUAAGCAACGCCCAAAAGAUAACGGCGCUCGUGCGGGAGUUGCGAGGCGACAUCUGUAUCGUGUCCUCCGCCAUCAAGAAGAUCUCCGCCCAGGACUGCACGCUCGACGUCGAGACUAUCGCCAACAUGUUGCACACCGGUUUACAGGUGAGCGAGCGCAGUCCGCAGAGCACUUCAGGCGGCAGCUCGCCCAACUCUGACCGCGCCGCGUCUCCGAGGCCGGAGAAUUAGAUUGUACACUUCUGU